AUGAGCAUCGUUGGCUGUAACGGUUGUUGCGUUGCGCUACUUUCGGUCACUGGGAAUAUCUAUGUUGUCGUAACGCAAUACUGUCAGCCUUACUGGUCAAACAUUGAGAUCUUGCAUCUCGUGAAGAGCAAGAAACGAAGACUGUAUCGACAAGAAGACAGAAAAUCCAGCCUCAGCUAG